AUGAAGUUGCGAUCUGACACGGACGAAUUUGGUGGUCGGCUGUGCCACCUGCAGACGCUGCAGCAGAGCGAGUCGCAACUCGCCCAAUUCGGCUUGUCCGCUGGUUCGCAUGGCAGCGGCCAUUGGGCGCAACGCAGCCACCCCGACCCGACACCACCAUCCAAUCUCUCUUUCUAUCUUUCCCUCUCCUCCUUACCUAUCCGCCACCUGCUGCUGCUGCUCUCUGCACCUGCGUCCUUGUCCAGCAUCUGCUCCGCAUCUGCACCGCCCAUCCGCUCCGGUCAGCCAUCGGGUCUCGCGGCAUCGCAAUCGCCCUCAGUCCCAUUAUCGGUCGACGCGAUCUCGGACGCAACCCCUCACUUCAGCACAUCUCGAUAUCGCGAGCCACAGGCCACCCCAUCGCCCCACUCUUGCACUCAAACGCUGCCUCUAUCGCUACAGCUCGCGCCUCGGAAGCCUGUCACGCCUCCGACCCACCGCAUCCCCAGCCAACCGCAAUCUACGCUGUUGCUCUCGCAUCCCAUCCAAAGACUUGAUAACACACACAUCACACCAGCAUACACACUCAUAGAACUUGUCAAUCGACAAUCGCUCGGCAAAGGCGACUCGAUGGAGGAUCCUGGCUUUGUGUCUUUAUCGAAGCCUGAAUGGUUCUCUGCUUUCGAUGCGGUCGAGGCUCGGAUGUUCCGCGACAUAUGCUGCAGAUCUGACCGCCCAAAUGUCUUGCUAUGCUUGCUGCCGCAUCUACAGAAAGACGCCAUGCAGACCAUCAAGUGCGUCGUCGUCGGAGACGGUGCGGUCGGUAAGACGUGCCUGUUGAUCUCGUACACCACCAACAAAUUCCCGUCCGAGUACGUGCCUACGGUAUUCGACAACUACGCCGUGACGGUGAUGAUCGGCGAGGACCCGUACACGCUCGGACUGUUCGAUACCGCGGGUCAGGAGGACUACGACCGACUGCGACCGCUGUCGUACCCGCAGACGGACGUGUUCCUGGUGUGCUUCUCGGUCACGUCGCCAGCGUCGUUUGAGAACGUCAAGGAGAAGUGGUUCCCCGAGGUGCACCACCACUGCCCCGGUGUGCCGUGCCUGAUCGUGGGCACGCAGGUGGAUCUGCGCGACGACCACGCGGUGAUCGAGAAGCUGGCGCGAUCCAAGCAGCGUCCCGUGCCGUUUGAGGCGGGCGAGCGCUUGGCGAGAGAGCUGGGCGCGGUCAAGUACGUCGAGUGCUCGGCGCUCACGCAGAAGGGAUUGAAAAACGUGUUUGACGAGGCGAUCGUCGCGGCACUCGAGCCACCUGUCAUCCGCAAGAAGUCCAAGUGCGCCAUCCUCUAG